AUGAAUGAUUAUUUUAUACCUGGAACCGGUUAUACCUCUAGACAAUUCAAACAACGUCUAGGCAUGAGGGAAUACUUAUUCGAGAAUUUGUUAGGAAAAUUGCUUGAACUGGAUCCGGAAUGGCAUCAACGUCCAGAUGCAACCGGUAUUAUGGGGCAUUCUCCGCAUAUGAAAUUAAGUGCCGUGAUGAAAUAUUUAUGCAAAAGUACGCCAGCUGAUAGUGUUAAUGAUUACACUCGUAUGGGUGCCACCACAAUAUACAACUAUCUAAAAAGAUUUUGCCACACCGUGUGCAUGACUUUUGGAGAAAGAUAUUUGCGUGAACCCACUUCUGAAGAUGUUCAAAGGUUGCUAGCUGAGAAUGCGUACCGAGGUUUUCCUGGAAUGCUUGGUAGUGUUGAUUGUAUGCAAUGGCCAUGGAAGAAUUGUCUGGUAGCUUGGCAAGGAACUUACCGGGGUAAAGAUAAAGAGAGUAGUUUGGUAUUAGAGGCGGUGGCAUCAUACGAUUUGUGGUUUUGA